AUGUCUAGUCAACUAAGUUGGAGUUCGUGCUAUGUCUGCGUCGUGUGCGCGUGCAGCUCGACUUCUGCUUCACUCUUGAGAUUACGAUGGCUGACGCUGUUCUGCAGAUGGGGACAUAACAAGUACCAGGACCCCUAUGGCCGUAUGACCCCUGCGCUCAUGCGCGCGCGGGCAAAGUACGCCAAGCGGAAUAUCAUCACCGGUCUUGCCCUCUCCACCUUCGUCGUCGGAACCUACGCAUACUCCGCCACCGCCGCCGGCGCAGACGACUUCUCCGACGUACCCACCCCGCCGAUCUCGGAGGCCGCGCUGAAGGAGUUGCAGGCGAAUCGGGCGGCGAUCGAGAAAGAGGCCGAGAGCAUGGUCACGCCGCGGAUUAAGGAUUCGGGUGAGUGGGAGAUGCCGAUGAAGCAGGGCGGCGUUGUUGUUUCUGCGAAGGGGGAGACGAGUGAGAAGAAGUGA